GAGUCCAAGCUCCGCCGUAGAAUGAAUUUGGUUUCCCUGAUUAGCAACGCUUCAUCGAGGCAUAACCACGGUAUAUCGCGGGGGGUUGGUUAUACACGCACGCACGGCUGGUAAAAAGACCGAAGCCGAUUUUUCGGUCGGCCGGGAAGCCGACGUCACGACGGGAAAAUAAAAUCUCUCAUCGAUAGAAGAAACGAAGAGAACAAAGUUAUAAAUCUUAAUCGUAAAGAAAUAAGAGAGGGAGAGAGAGAGAGAGAGAGAAAGAGAUAAAAUAUCUCAUUUUAAAGAGAGUCUUCUAGAAGAAAAGAAGAAGAAGAAGAAGAAGAAGUAAUAGAAGAAGAAGAAGAGGUGGAGGAGGAGGAGGAGGAAGAAGAGGAAGAAGAAGAAGAAGAAAAAGAAGAAAAAGAAGAAGAAGAAGAACAGAGACCGGGAGGAGGCGAACGAAACUGCCAGAUUUGCAGGACCGACGCGUAUAUAUUUACGGAAAAUAAGGAUCAAUUUUGUAAAAUAUGGCUGCAUUACCACGAAGAAUUAUCAAAGAGACUCAAAGAUUAAUGCAAGAACCUGUUCCUGGUAUAAGCGCCGUUCCAGAUGACACAAACGCUAGAUAUUUUCAUGUCAUUGUAACGGGACCUGAAGACUCGCCGUUUGAAGGUGGUUUAUUUAAACUCGAGUUGUUCCUACCAGAAGAUUAUCCAAUGUCUGCCCCUAAAGUGAGAUUUAUAACCAAAAUUUAUCAUCCAAAUAUCGAUAGAUUAGGCAGAAUUUGUCUAGACAUCUUAAAGGAUAAGUGGAGCCCUGCUUUACAAAUUAGAACGGUUCUUCUGUCUAUACAAGCACUUUUGAGUGCACCAAAUCCAGAUGAUCCUUUGGCAAAUGAUGUAGCUGAACUUUGGAAAGUUAAUGAAAGUGAAGCGAUACGUAAUGCCAAAGAAUGGACCCGGAGAUACGCAAUGGACAACUGAUCUCAGCUUUGUCAAAUCAUUCGCAACACAAAGCAACGUUACCCCUUUUGUCCCAGUUUAUUCGUCACCUUACCCGCACUAGCUGCAUAUCCUGCACCUGUGUCCACGAUUUUGCUAUAAAACCAAUAAAAGUUUUGUAAGAGUAAAUAGAAUGGAACUGUAUUUUCUAUAUUGUGGGAAAUACAAAAACAUCUUAUUUAGA